CGUGUCAUCAGUGAAGUAGCAAAUAUAUAGGCGAAAGCUACUCCCAGAUCGUGUAGCAACAAUACUGUAAAGACAGUUUGGAAACCUGUAUUUAAUUUUAAAUCGUUGUUCAGUACGCGUCCGGGGAGGCACUCUUGCACAUCAUGGGACUCACUAUCUCCUCACUGUUUUCCAAGCUUUUUGGCAAGAAACAGAUGAGGAUACUUAUGGUUGGUUUGGAUGCAGCGGGUAAAACCACUAUUUUGUACAAACUGAAGCUGGGAGAGAUCGUAACCACGAUCCCAACAAUUGGUUUUAACGUGGAGACGGUGGAGUACAAGAACAUCUGCUUCACCGUGUGGGACGUGGGCGGCCAGGACAAGAUCCGGCCCCUGUGGAGGCACUAUUUCCAGAACACACAGGGGCUCAUCUUCGUCGUGGACAGCAACGACAGAGAGCGAGUCACAGAAUCCGCAGAGGAGCUCUCCAAGAUGCUGCAGGAGGACGAGCUGCGGGACGCCGUCCUGCUGGUGUUCGCCAACAAGCAGGACCUGCCCAACGCCAUGGCCGUGAGCGACCUGACAGACAAGCUGGGCCUGCAGAGCCUACGGAGCAGAACUUGGCACGUCCAGGCUACCUGUGCCACACAGGGCACUGGCCUGUACGAAGGGCUGGACUGGUUAUCCAACGAGCUGUCCAAGCGCUAAGGAUGUGACGGAGGGAGCAAGACCAGCGAGAACAAGGGAGUGAGCGUGCUUGAGAGAGAGCGUAGGACGAGAAUUUCAACCGGAGAAAACUUCUUCUUGUCUAAAUUGUCCGUGUGUCUGUCUGGUAGAACUUGAACUUAUGGACUUUGCAAUCAGUUCCAGUUGUGAAAUCUUCUUUGUUUUUUUUUGUUUUUUUCCUUCCUCUUUUUUUUCCCUUGUUAUUCCCACUGAUGUCACAUAGUCUCUUCUCUUUCGUUUCCCAUCCAACUUUUUAAGUUGCAUGUUUUUAAAUAAAAUUUAAAAAAAAAAAAGGAGGGAAGUGAUAGUGCUGAGGACGUCAUGGCGACAGAGGGUGGAGUGGUGGGAGAGGCAGCGGCGAGGACUUGGAGCGUGGUGUGACUUGGUCGCUGCCAAUCCCAUGGUGGCUUCUGUCACUGACACUGUCCCUGGACGUCCACUGAACUGAACUUCUGAAGACAAGCAGAACUGGGAGGCCAGUUCAACUCAUUAAAUCAGACCAGGAGGAGGGUGGGUGCUGAAGAUGGAUCUGAAUUCAUUUCCAAGGCCAACAUGCCGCAGUAAGACAUAUUUGCUGUCCGUGGCUCUCAUGUGAGCUGCAGGUGGGCGUCAAAUGAAAAAAAGGAAACUGGAUGGACAUUUUUUACUUAGGAUCACGUUUGCUUAGGGACUCUUAUUUCCACUCUGUAUUUUCAAUUGUGUUUGGGGAGUUCUGUUAGAGUAUACGUUCUUUUGUACAGUGCUUGGAUAUCUCAGUGAUAAAAGAAGCUCUCAAGGUGCAGGUGGAGACGGGGCUCCUUUGCAGGCCAGAGCUAAAGAGUCCUAUCAUGAUUUUCCUGUCCCUCCCCUCCUACUGCGUACAGUACAUUCCCACGGCACCCUCUCCAAACCAUGCAUGGAAUUACCACUCCUUUGAAACGGGAUGAAGCAAUUUGUUGUACAAAACAAGACAAUAAAACUCAAU